AUGGCACAGCCGGUUAAGAGGCAAGCAGCAGGACAAGCAGCAGGAAAUGAUGAGAUUAAGGAGGAACAGGUUUUGGGUUUAAUUGUGAAAAGUUAUUAUAGUGAUGAUAAUAAAUGCAAGGCAAACCUCAAACAAUAUUGUGAGGAAUUGAAGAAAAUAGAUGGAAAAUUGGAGAGUGUGGAUGUCAAAGUUAAGGGACUUUGUGAAAAUGGAAAAGAAGGAGAAAAAUGCAAAGAAUUAAAGAAAAAACUUGAAACUGAAUUGGGUGCUUUUAAAACAGAAGUUGAAAAUGCAUUGAAUAACCUAACAGAUGAAAAAUGUAGAAAAUAUGAAGAAAAAUGUCUAUUAUUAGAAGAAGCAGAUCCAAAUAAUCUUGAAGAGAAGUGCGUUAAGUUGAGAGAUAGAUGUUAUCGACAGAGACGUCAAGGAGUGGCAAAAGAAAUUCUUUUAAGAGCUCUUGAAGGGAAAGUUAAUAAUAAAGAUGAAUGUAAAAAAAGAAUGAAAGAAAUUUGUCAAGGAUUAAGUGAAUAUAGUGAUGAAUUAGUGUUUUCAUGUUUUAAUUCAGAUAAAACAUGUGAAUACCUUCAAAAGAAUCAUGGAGAUAGUUGUAAGCCUUUAGAGAAGGAACUUGAAGAUAAAGAAUUAGUGGAAAAAUGUCAAGAAUAUCUUGAAAAGUGUUAUUUUUAUGGAUCAAGUUGUAAGGAUACAAAAUGUGAUAAAGUCAAGAAUAAAUGUAAGGGAAAAGGGAUUGAAUAUGAAGGACCAAAAUUAGAUUUUAGUCCGGUUAGAGAAAAACCAAGAUUUCCAGAAAAGAUUGAAGUGGAAAAUCUUUAUAAAAAAGAAGAAGCUAAGGGAAUUAUUGUUGGAAAACCAAAAUAUAAGACGUUGCGAGAUUUAGCAUUAUUGUUGAUCAAAGAAAGGAAUGGAAAAGAUGAGGGAGAAAAAUGCAAAAAAGCGUUAGAAGAUUGUGAAUCUUUUAAACACCUAGAUUAUGGAUUAGAAGAAUUAUGUGGAGAUAAAGAUAAAGACAAUAAAUGCAAAGAAUUAGUAGAAGUAGAAGAUAGAUGUACGAAUUUUAAAUUAGAACUUUACAUAAAAGGAUUGUCUACGAAAUUUGAAGAUAUAGAAUCAGAUUAUUUUUCAUGGGGACAGGUAUCAAAAUCGGUUAGUAGGGAAGAUUGUAUAAAGUUUGAAUCGGAAUGUUUCCAUUUAGAAGGUGUAUGUACGAAUAAAAUUGGAAAAGCAUGUGAAAAUGUAAGAGUAGCAUGCUAUAAAAAGGGACAAGAUAGGGUGUUGAAUAGAUACUUUCAAGAAGGAUUGAAAGGGCUUAUUGGUGAUUUAGAAUUGGUUACUGAGAAUCUUGAAAAAUGUCAAAAAUCGGUAGUAGGUAAUUAUACAAAACUUAAGGAGGAUAGAAGAUACUUUACAAAGUGUCAUCGACCGACUGAACUAUGUUAUGAACUUUUAGAUGAUGUAAUUCUUCAAUCGGAAGAAUUAGAAGUAGUUUUAAAUUUGAGAAGAGAUUUUCCAAGAAAGGAAGAUUGUGUAGAAUUGAAGAAGAAGUGCAAAGAUCUUGAAAGUGAUUCAUAUUUGAAUCAUGAGAAAUGUAAUACACUGAAUAGACGAUGUGAAUAUUUAAAAGUUACAGAAGAAUUGAGAAAAAGAUUAUUAAAAAGAGGAGAUGAUGCAUUAAGAACUCAAGGAAAUUGUACGGCAGUAUUAAAGAAAGAAUGUGAGGAAUUAUCUAGAAGAGGAAAAGAAGAUUUUAGUGUUUCAUGUGCUUUACGAGAAGAAACAUGUAGUUUUAUGGUAGAACAAACAGAAAAUGAGUGUCUUUUUUUAAAAAAUAACAUGGAAAAUGGAAAAAUUAUAGAUAAAAUUGAAAAAGGAAAAGGAAAUGAAACAUUGGUUGAAGAACUCUGCACGUUGUUUGAUCCAUAUUGUCAUCAAUAUAUAGAAAAUUGUCCAGAUAGGUUGAAAAAAGAAAAAAAAUCCAAUAAGAAUGGAGUCUGUUUAGAACUGGAAGAGAAAUGCAAGCCAUUCUUUGAAAAGUUGAAAUUGGAGAAUGAAUUGACGCAUGAAUUGAAAGGUAGUUUAGGCAAAGAUGAUGAGUGUAAAAAAGCAUUGGGAAAGUAUUGUACUGAGCAGAAAAAUUCAGCAAAUCAGAAAUUCAAUAGUUUGUGUAAUACUGAUAAAGAUAAGGAUGUUGAGGGAAGAGUUUGCAAAAAGUUGGUUGAAAAAGUAAAAAGAAAAUGUCCAACCUUAGAAGAUAAACUGAAUGAAGAGAAAGAUGAAUUAAAGAAGAAGAAAGAUGAAUAUGAAAAGGUGAAACAGGAAUCAGAAAAAUUUACGAAGGAAGCUAAGUUAGUAUUAUCAAAACCUGAACAAGAUGGACAAGAUGGCAAUGCUCCUAAACCAGGGGGACCACCGGUACAGCCACCAGUACCAGGAGGAACACCAGGAGGCGUACCAGUACCAGCACCAACACUAGCACCACCAGCACCAGUACCAGGAGGAACACCAGGAGGAACACCAGUACCAGUACCAGUACCAGGAGGAACACCAGGAGGCGUACCAGUACCAGCACCAACACUAGCACCACCAGCACCAGUACCAGGAGGAACACCAGGAAGCGUACCAGUACCAGCACCAACACUAGCACCAGGAGCACCAGGAGCACCAGGAGCACCAGGAGCACCAGGAACACCAGGAGCACCAGGAGCACCAGGAACACCAGGAGCACCAGCAGGGCCAGCAGCACCAUCAACACCACCAGCACCAGCAGGGCCAGCAGGGCCAGCAGGGCCAGCAGGGCCAUCAGGAGGAACACCAGGAGCACCAGCAGGGCCACCAGCACCAGGAGGAUCAACACCAAGUGGAACGACAAACACGAGUAAUGUUAUACUUGUUCGGAGAACAUUUGUAAGUGGAGAAGUAUCAGAACCAGAAAAGAAGGCAUUUGUUGCAACGGCGAGAGCAUUGGAAUUGUAUUUAGAAUUGAAAGAGAAAUGUAAAGGUUUACAAGGAGACUGCGGGUUUAGAAAGGAUUGUCCAGGGUGUGAAGCGGCCUGUAAAGAAAUAGACAAGUUGUGUGAAGGAAUAGAAGGAUUAAAAGUUACACCGCAUCAUACGGUGAUAUCAACGGCGACACAGACAACGACGACGACAGCAACGACAACGACGACGACGACAACAACAACGACGACGACGACGACGACGACAACGACGGCAACGACGACAGAGUCGGUAGAUGGAGGGAAGGUAACGGAAGAAUGUACAUUAGUUCAGACGACAGAUACAUGGGUGACGAGUACAUCGUUGCAUACGAGUACGUUGACAAGUACAUCUACAGUGACAUCAACGGUGACAUUGACGUCGAUGCGAAAAUGCAAACCUACGAGAUGUACGAGUGAUUCAAGUAAAGAAACAGAAACACAAAAAGAGGAAGAGAAAGAGGAAGAAGUGAAACCGAAUGAAGGAAUGAAAAUAAGAGUUCCGGAAAUGAUAAAAAUCAUGUUGUUGGGAGUGAUUGUUAUGGGAAUGUUGUAA